AUGUCGUCCGGAAAGACUUUCUUCGACUUCGAGACCGUCGACAAGAAGGGUGAAUCGUUCCCCCUCUCCAACUUCAAAGGCAAGGUCGUCCUCGCUGUCAACACCGCUUCCAAGUGCGGCUUUACCCCGCAGUUCAAGGGUCUCGAGGAGCUCUACCAAUCCAUCCAGAAGAAGGAACCCGGCGCCUUCACUGUCGUUGGAUUCCCCUGCAACCAGUUCGGUAACCAGGACCCGGGCUCCAACGAUGAGAUCCAGUCUUUCUGCCAGGUCAACUAUGGCGUGACAUUCCCCGUGCUGGGCAAGAUCGACGUCAACGGUGACAACGCCGCUCCUGUCUACACGUGGAUGAAGGCCGAGCAGCCCGGUAUGUUGGGCUUGAAGCGCAUCAAGUGGAACUUUGAGAAGUUCCUGAUAUCUGCGGAUGGCAAGGUUGUCGGUCGUUGGGCUAGCACCACGAAGCCGGAGAGCUUGCAGGACACGAUUCUGAAGGAGAUCGAGAAGGCCAAAAAGGAGGGAAUCCUGACGGCAGAGGCUGGUAAGAAGGAGGAGGCUACCGCUUAA